AUGUUUGUUCUGUGCUGUAUGAAAGAUACCAUUCGGAUCAAGCCACAUCUUUUUCGUCUAGAUAUACAUUACGUCAUUGAAGAACAGUUAAAUAAAAAGUUUGCCAAUAAGGUUGUUCAUAAUGUAGGAUUAUGUAUUGGGGUGUACGAUAUCCUCUCCAUCAGCGAUUCUUAUGUUUUACCUGGUGAUGGAUCUUCAUUUACAUCAGGUUAUCCGGCGGAGGAUAGGAGCGACUACGAAGAGCAGCUAUGGUUAUGGGAGUAUCAGACUGAAAAUCGUAUUCAUGACCUUUUUAUGGAUGUAAAUAAGGAAGUUAGAUUUCGCGUUGUUGACCAUAUCUUUGCUGAUAGUGCUCCAGUAUCUGAUACUGCUCAAAAGGAAGAUAAUGAAAAUGAAAGUUAUGACUGUAGUAAAUCGCCUUAUACAAUUAUAGGCACCAUCAAUCAUCCCGGCUUAGGUUUAGUGACUUGGUGGAACAAUUGA